AUGGACGAACCACCCAGCACACAAGUUUCCAACGAUACUCUCGUUUUCCAGGCUGCGGACGGUUCACAGAUUCGUAUCUUUGUCGAAGCUGGCGGUAUCUCUUCUCGUCCAAAACUUGUGAGGGCGUUGAAGAAAGCAGGAGCCAUUAUAUGCAACGACCCGAAGAACGCGCAAAUUAUCCUUGUCGACCCAGAAACUUAUCAAGGAAAACGAUUCAUUCGCGAUUGGGGGAAAGACGCGGACAAAGUCGUUCUUAACUUUGUCUGGGCUUAUAAAUCAAUCGAGGCAGGCCAGGUGUAUAAUGACGAGAGAUGGGGGGGAUUCCUCACAGAAGACGAUGGGCUUCCCUUGGAAGAAGCUAUGGAUGACGAAAAUGGAAAAAGCCCAGUUCCCACACCUCGCGAAACUCCUGUAGUUUCUAUUAGCGAUCGUCGUAUGUCAGGCGACAAUUCUGUGUCUCGCAUCAAUUCCACUCAGCGACGAAGACAGUCUAUCGAGCAAAAUAUGACUGAAAUCCCUCAGGCUUCCUUACCUCAUCCUUUCUCCAACGAUCAAUCUCAAACGCAGACUUUGAUCCCUCAAUCUCAAAACAAUGGAAUGAAUCUCUUCCCAAAUUUUCAACAUAUGAUGCCUCAAUAUCACAUGCAGAUGCCAAUCAUGCAAAACAAUAUGGCAUCUGCUUUUACCCAGCCCAUGAUUUCCCCUGCAUUUCUUGCAAACUUCUUGAACUCACAGAACCCUCAGUUUAAUCCUCAGCAAUUGCCCCCCCAUUUUGAGCAAGGGUUUUCUAUGGCACUUGUUGAUGCUAUGAAGGCCCAUGGCUACUCAUAUUCCACAGCACAGGGGCACGCUGCUAUGCAAAUGGCCAUGAACAACCAGAUGGCACCAAACACUAUGGCACAGACUUCUCAAGACCCUCACCCCAUGUUUAAGAUAAGCAAUAACGUAUCCAUCGACAUGUCCACGGCAACAGGAAGUUUGCAACCCUCCCCUUCUUUGUUGCAUUCCUCGAUUGGUCGUAGGUCGACGAACACGUUAUCGACUUCGCCACCUCCGUCAUCAAAAGCACAGGGGAAACGAAGAGCAAUGUCGCCGAACAACUCACUUUAUCCGAAUGCCACUCGGGCUUGCACUGAGGAAUUGGGAGCCUCUUCGCGUUCUCCAGUCAAGCAAGGAAUUUUCUCAACCAAAGAAGGAGGACUUUCAUUUUUUGUACAAAUUGAUUUAGGCAACCGCCUCAGGAUUGUUACUGCCAUCAAGAAAAAUGGCGGCAAGAUUACCAACAACCACACAACUGCUGAUUACUCUGUCUUAUAUUCUGGAUCCCAAAAACAGAAAACAUUUCUCGACCUGCUUCGCUCGACGAUCGACGCAGGGAGACCUGCAGUCAGUGCGAACUUUAUCCGAGAUUGUGUGGCUAGGGAGACUUUGAUAGACGACCCGACUCCGUAUUUAUUCAAGCUUACACCCAAAAAACGUAAAAGACAGGGUUCGACCCCUCUGUCUGACGAAGAACCUCCUGAUGUUGUUGCGGAGGAGAGGCGUUUGGAAAGGAAUCGACGACAGUCAGAACGAAGGAAACUUGCACGCGAGGAAUCAACAGCCACUCCUGCCAGCCCAUCCGCAAAGCAAGGAAAAAGGAAAAAGUCGCCGACACCUAUACUCUCAGCUCCGACUUAUGACGGGCCAAGGACACCAACGCCGCCACCCUUGCACACGCAUAUUGGCUUCGGUACCAGUGGUCACAGGUAUACAGAACACGAACGGGAAUACGUCUUGCGCUAUACCAAAAUUCUUCUCGACCGUGAUCAUAUGGUAGCUAACAGCGCGAUUGGGAAGGCCAUGCAUGACAAGAUGCCUCACCACACUUUGAAAUCUUGGAAAACCUACAUAGGGACUACAAUCCGGGAUGAUAUCGAUGCUUUGCGCAAGAGAGCCAGUAUCGCCUUUCGGAAGGCUGAGAGUCAGAAGGAGUCGCAUUCACAAACACCAGCGCCGUUGAAAAGUCCGAAAUUCAAUAAUUUCGAUUCAGAGGAACUUUCAAAUGAAGUUGUGCCGAGCCCUCCGACGCCGACGGCACCACCUCAGUAUGUGGACCAAUCAAAAGAGCAAGACCUCCGUGUUGUAUCAAAUUAUUUCGCUUUUGGCGGUGGUGAUGAGGAGGGACAAGAGCCCUCGGCCAUCUGGGCUCGUCUCACCAGCCAGGUUUCAUGCCAAACUGAAGCGAAUUGGGAGGACUUUUACGAUAAACAUCACGUAGAAGUCAUGGCGCGAUACAACCAGUUGAGCGCGGAGGCUGCUCAGGAAAAUUCCGUAGGGCAGGGGCCUGAUUUCGAAGCUCCUUACGCCUAG